UUUAAUAUUUUUUUUUGCUUUCACAUUUAUUAUAAAUGACUUUGUCUAAUUGGACAUCCGUCAUUAUUGCAUCAAGUGUAAUUAUUACACUUACUAUUAUUAGUGAUUAUGUUUAUAAGAAAAUGACUCGUAUACCUUUAAAACCUUCGGGAAAGCAUUGCUUUAUUACAGGUGGAAGUACAGGUUUAGGAAAAGCCUUAGCUAUUGAACUUGUGAAAGAAGGUGCAGAUGUUUGCAUUGUUGCUAGAAGGGUACCUGAAUUAGAGUCAGCAGUCGAAGAAAUUAAGACUAAUUGCAUUACUGAAAAUCAAAAAGUUAUCUAUGUAAGUGCUGAUGUCACUAACCAAAAGGACGUUAUUCGCGCAUUUGAUGAAGCCAAGAUUAAGAUGGGACGAGACCCUGAAUUUGUUUGUGCCUGUGCUGGUGCUUCAUAUCCCAAAUUUUUCCUUGAUCAUACUUUGGAGGAUUUUGAAAAACUAACAAACUUGAAUUAUCUUGGUCAAGCUUAUGUUGCACAUCAAGCUGCUCAACGUAUGAGAGAUUCAAAUAUCAAAGAUGGCAAGAUUGUAUUUAUUUCAUCUAUGUUGGGGAUGCUUAGUUUUGCAGGAUGGUCAACUUAUUCACCUACAAAAUAUGCUAUUCGUGGUUUAGCAGAUACACUUCGCAAUGAGUUAAAGAGAUAUAACAUUGGUGUCCAUAUCUUCUUCCCCGGUGGUAUCGAAUCUCCUGGAUUUGAUGUUGAAAAUCUGACAAAGCCAGAAGUCACGAAAAUUAUUGAGGGAGCAAAUACACCUCAAACAAGUACUGAAUGUGCCAAGUCUUUAAUGAAAGGCUUACAGAAAGGAGAAUAUAUGAUUGUAACAGAUAUUCUAAGUGAAGUACUUCGAUGCGUUGUGAGAGGCAUUAGUCCUACAAAUAAUUUGGUACUUGAUUAUAUCUUUGCAACAGUGGGUCAGCCUAUUGGUUCUGCGUAUGCAUUAUAUAUGGAUUAUAUUGUUAAAACCGCAAAAUACAAUUAAAUCUCUUCACGUUGACGAGCUUACUUUAGAUUCCAUUUAUUGGUUCAUCUUUGUGUAAAUCAGCAAAUCCCAAGUUUUUCAUGUCAUCUUUAUCCAUUAAUCCACUAUAAUAAAAUCAAAUUUUGUUAUAAACAGGAAUCAAUAAAUACUAAGAAAAAGAACUUUACUUGUCCAUACGACAUUGAAGAUAGGCUUCCGAAAAUUGUCUGCAUAAACCAUUAUUAUGCUUGUUUUCUUUCAGACAUUUCAUAAAUUCCAACACAAAAAGUUUACAUUCACCUUGCAUAAAAAAAAAUAAAAUAAGAGUCAAAGCAAAAAAGUAAAACGUUUUAUUGAAAAAGAAAAUACCAUCGUGAUCUAAAGGAAAGCUUCCUCUCAAUGGUGGUUUUCCUGGUGAAGAUUCAACAUUAGGGGUUCUUCCGAAACUCAUUUUUUUUUAAAAC